CUACCUCCGCAAACCCUACUACUCAAGGCGAGGGGGAGAGAGGGGACAUUCCACAGUUGUGUCUCUAUAUCGAAAACCUCUCUGGCGAAAAUGGCAGGAGCCGCGACAUCCCUUUUCCGUUUGGUUCGAUCUCAGGCCACUCAUUUCAGCUCCUCCAACUUUCGAUCAGGUUUUCAUCAGGCGACCUAUGGGACCUUGUCUCAUGCACAUGUCAAAGCAGCUUGCAAUUAUGGAAGGGAGAAUGCUGCUAUUCAGAAGAGGUGGUUAUCUAAAUCCACUUCAGCAGAAGAGGAUAACAAGAUAAGUAUUGGACCUCAAAAGGGGAAUGAUGAUGCAGGGAAGGGUGAAAAAGACGCGGGUGUUGUAUACUACGGUCCAAUAUCAAGCACCAUCAAGAAAGUGAAGCUUCUCUCUUUGUCAACCUGUUGCCUCUCCGUGUCCCUAGGGCCGGUGAUAACAUUCAUGACAUCACCAGACAUGAAUGUGAUCCUAAAGGGAGCGGUGGCAUCUUCGGUAAUCUUCUUGAGUGCUACCACCACCGGUGCUCUUCACUGGUUUGUGAGCCCUUACGUUCACAAACUCCGGUGGCAGCCUGGAUCAGACUGUUUUGAGGUGGAGAUGAUGUCAUGGCUGGCCACGCUCAUCCCGAGGACUAUUCAGUUUGCAGAUAUCAGGCCACCUGAGACCAACAGACCGUUUGUGACAUUUAAGGCGAACGGGAAUUUCUAUUUUGUUGAUGCGGAGCACUGCCAUAACAAGGCAUUGUUAGCAAAGUUGACACCAAAGGGAGCACCUCACGGUUCAGCUCUGAAGAACCUGUGAUGAGAACAACCACUUCAGUUCACCCGGUGGUCUCUUUUUCUUGGGCGGUAUGUCCUUUUUUUUUCUCUGUUUUCUUCGUGCCCGACCGACUCAUGGAACUGAUUUUUGAAAGGAGAGGAGAAGUAAUGUAGAAACAUUGGAAUAAUCUCACUGCAUUGUAGCAAGAGCUUAUUUGCUUGGAGUUUAAACUCCACCAGAGCUUAUUUCUUGUGUUCCCAGUGUUAGAUGGUUCUGUGUGAGUGGAUAUUUUCUAUAUAAACAAGGGCAAGAUAUGGGCUUAGACACAUG